AUGCCGCCACACUUCAGACCAAUCCCGUCAUCUCCAGGCAGCAGUGACAGCUGUGCAAUCCCCGUUUUAGACAAUUCAUUUCCCUCCGGUGAGCGGUGGAUGGCGACUCCGACAGUCAUGUUUGAUUACGUUUGGAUUAUGCCGCGACGACAGUCGGCGAAUGCGCAAAGCUGUCUCAUAUCUCACGCGUUCCAAGAUUUGUCUCAUGGGGACUAUGGUCGGCUCACCGACUUGACGGGUAUACGCAAUCUGCAUCUUUGGGCAGCUCGGAUUAUAGGCACGAUCAUCGGAGCCGAUGUGUGUGUGAAAAGGAUGGUGAGAUUUUGCUCACCGCGCCUUCCAAUUUGGUCUGUCGAGCAAACACUGAUCAGGUCGGCCGUGGACUCUGCGGGCGAGUGUGUGUGCCUGUUCGCUGACCCACGUGUUUGGCGCAGCUUGGGAGCUUAUGCAACUCUAUGUGCGAUACGAAUAGCUGAGGACAUGUCCAUCGCUGUCGCCUUGUGUAGAUGUUGA